UGGAAAAACAUAAAUGAAACACAAAAUCCCAAAGUGCAGUCAGGAAAAGUGUACUUUCUAUUGUAAUUAGAGUGAAAUCGGAGUAACCAAAAGGUUCAAGAAGUUGGAAGUGUUUAACGAAUAAAUUGAUCAGAAUGUCUAUUUGGAUGUAGGCUUCUGGGCAGCUGACUGGACUCGAUUGGAUUCGAUUCGAGCUGGGCGUUCGGAAGACAAGGUCCAAUGCUAAUAUCCCUAGAAAGCACAUCAACGGAAAGUACAGCUGCUAGAGAGAAUUGAAGGAGGAUCCACCGAUACACGUCGAUACAUACCUACCUACCUACAUAUAUACUCGUAUACGUCUCGAGUGGGGGAGACUCAGAGCCAUGGCGCCAUUUAAGCUGAAGUUCCGCAUGGGCAGCUCCCGGAGCACAUCGCAAGAGCACGACCCGGACCCGCAGGUGAACGAGGCCCUCUUGGGCAACCAGCAGCAUCAGCAGCAGCAGCAUCAGCAACAACAAGAGCUGCUCCAGCAACACGUGGUGGAGGCCAGCAGCAGCUCCAGCCUAGACCUGGCCGACUGCAAUGGCCUGGGUCCGAUGAGCAGCGAGCGAAAGCUCCUGUUGCCCCAGAAUAAGGCCCUGAACCUGAACAGCAACAGUAUGCGUUACCUCAACCAGAGCCGCACGCCAUGCAUCAACGAGUCGCUGACGGACACUGACGCCGACAUUUUGCCCACCACCCCACCGCCUUCCUACGAGCAUGUGCUAGAGGAGGACACGCGCUUGUCCCAGCAUCAGCGACAGGUAUCCCUGGACAGCGCCGCCACGCCCAACCAGAACAGUCGCAGGAGCUCGGUGAACAGCUCGCGGCACAGUGCGGCCCAUCUCAGCGCCGCCUUGGAGGAGCAGCUGGAGGGGGGGAACAGCAGCAGCAGCACCAGUAGCAGCCUGUGCAACGAUCCGGACUGCCAGCAGAACCAGCAGAAUCUCAACCAGAACUACUCGCAUUGUGGCGGCAGCAACAUCAGCAACAGCAACAACAACAACAACAACAACGAGGGGGAUCCGAUCGCCGAGGGAGUGUUCGAGCUGGAGCAGCAGAGCGACACGGAAUUCGACUGCCCGGAGGACGACCUCAACACGAUUAGCGUGAGCGAGUUUCUGCUGGAAACGGAAAUGGCGGCAUCCUCCCGGUGCCCGGAGAAGCUCUACGCCGGCGAGGAGGAUGGGGAUGAUGCAGAUGGCCAGUGCACGGACGACCAGUGUGCCCAGUGCAGCGAGGAGCGUGGAGCGCAGGGGGAGGAAGGGGCUCUCGACGGGGACGAGGCCAGCACCAGCAGUCAGGCAGCAGCAUUCUAUGACCCUCUUCUGAACCGCGGCAGCUACAACUACAACGAGGGUGGCAAUUCAAAUUCAAGGCCCGUCUCCAGCAAUAGCCAGCAGUGCCAGGAAGCCUGCUGUGUCGGCUCCGCCUCUGGUUCGGUGGCUUCCCGUUCCCGCAGCGGACGUCGCCAGCAGCAACUUCAGCAGCAGCAUCAGCAACCCAAUUGCCACACCAAUCUUCUCACACCGGAAAUGAUGAGCAACAAGACGAGCAAGGAGAUAUACAAGGAUCUAGCCAAGCAAUGGGGCAUCACAUGCAAAAUGUCCGAGAGCUGUCGGUGCAUGGACUGCCAGAGUAAUUAUUUCGACUGCGAUUACGAUGAUAACGAGCACCAUAAGACAGACGGCGGCUUGGGCGCCGGCACCCCCAUGUUCAUCAGCGAGGUAAUGCACGGCUCUGGAUGCACCAUUUUGUAGAGCGAGACCCGGAACCCAGUCCCUCUGGUGGGCUAUAGAUUUGCUGAACAGAUGUCCCAUUGUCUUAUAGAAUUAGUAAAACAUUAGUCGAAACGAAGCUUCACAAGCUUGUACGAGUAUGUGUAAAACGUUAUAAUACUCCUCCUAUUCUGUACACCCGUACAGAGACCCCGUUGGGAAAGAGAAGGAGCAGCUUCACUUAAUUUGCACUGAAUGUUUGCACACUUUUUUGCCAUACAAGUGCACUGAUAUGUAUAUGUUUGUUAUUCUAGAGUAUCAAGUAAAGUAAUUCAUAGAAUGGAAUGCCAAUUGGCCAGCCAGCGCAAGCGAAAGGGCCUUAAAAAGGUCAAUUGGGAAUGGAAUGUCCCUAAGAAAAGAAAGCGGCGAUAAGUACAUAUAUUUUUGGUGUCGAGUGUAGGACUUAUAGAUAUGUAAGCAAAGCCAAAAUUUUGGGCAACAUUUUGCAAACGAAUCGAAUCAAAUCGAAUCGAAGACGAACUAAUUAUAAUAUAGGCAUUAACCCACCUUGAAGAUGAAAAUAUGAAUAUCCCUGAGUGUGUUCUUUCCUUUAGGGUUCUUAUAUCCCUCGAAUGAAACGAUUGUGGAAGGCCUUGGCACUCGGCUCUCACUACUGCGGUAAAACUCGAGCUUAUCGUACCGAAAUUCCCCAAAACUUUGCUUUAUCUGUAGGGUUUAUAUGUAUUUUUGUACAUGCAUAGAAAACUAGAAGAAUUACUCUGAACAUGAUCCAACAAUAAGGUGUAGUUGGCCGGCAUUCCAGUGCCCUUGAAAAUGUAUACUCGUAUUCGUAGCUCUAUCUGGGCUUAUCCCCCACCCAACCCCUUGGAUUCCGCGAAUUGCUAAUUACUAACGAAAAUGAACAGCAGCCAAGCGAUAGAUUAAGCUAGUCGGCACUUUUGUGCUCUGUGGCGGGGAUACUGAUGCUCUGAUCCGAUCUCCUGAAAGUCUAUGCGAAACUAAGUUAACUUCAUCGACACGAUACGACGACACGAUAUGAAACGGCACAACGUUAAUUAUUUAUGUAUUAAUCCAAACGAUCUGAUAAACGUAAUCUGAAGGUAAAAUAGUACUCGUAUUGUCCCAAUCUAGAAUCUUUGAAUGAUCAAUAUAUAGUAUGAUACGUGUUUAAUCUUACGCUACAAAUAGUGUUCCGCGAUGAAGGGGGUUUCAUUCGUAAACGAAGCAGAUAAAAGCCAAAAUUGGUAGAAGAAAUGAAACAAAGAUAACAAAUAGUAAAGGUACCAUAAUCGAUAGUAAAAGCAAAAACUGACUAAGUCUGUUAGCUAUUAGAGAGUGUUAGAGUAUUAAAUGGUUAUGAAUAUUAAACAAACCAAACUAAAACUAAAAAACUACAGAAAUGUUGAAAAAAUACAUCAUAUAUUCCAAUUAAAUUUGUAAUUAAAUCACACAAGAAGCAAACCAAACGAACCGAACUGGCCUGGUCAAUGUUAGUUCAAUUAAAAAAGGAUCGUAGGAAUUGUAACAAUUGUAUUUCGGAUGUUACGCUUGAGCUUUGGUACUCGUACGACAAGGAAAUCAUAGGAAGCAUAGCAUACAUAAUACAGAAUAUAUGUAUAUUAAACACCCAA